GAAGUCAACAAGUUGUCCUUGUGAAUUCCAAUCAAGAUGACCAGUAUGAAGAUCUUUGUGUUCCUGAUGUGUGUGUUUGGCUCCUCACUCGCUGCCCCUGCCCUUGACAGUGGCAGCAAUGAGCAGGCAGCUGAUAAUAAUGCUAACACUGCUUUACAUUUGAUGGAGCUCUACAGAAUGAUAGGAAAACUGCAGCAACAGGCUGCACCAGCUGAUGUACAGUCUCAACUUGUACCUCAAGCACAGCAGGAGUUCAAUCCGGCACUGCUGGCACCCAGAGGAGAUGGAUCAGAUGAGGAAAACACACCAUUUAAUGGGUUUAACCCUACACAUGGCUUCCAGCACGCACAGCCGUCUGCUCCACUGAACUCUGAUGAGGCGGAAGCAGCAGAAGAGGCUGAAGCAGUGGAGGAAGCAGAAGCUGUAGCUGAGCCCACUGAAGCUGCCCCAGCUGUCGAAGCCGGUACCGCGAAUGACAUCCUGCCCGUUGCCGUGGAUGUUACCGCUGCCGCCGCUGACCCAGCUCCCGAAGUCACUGCUGCUCCUGUUGCCGUUGAGCCAUCUGCGGUACCCCAGGAACCUUUGGUCGCCGUAGAAACCGACACCACUGCGGUGGGGCCUGAUGUUGCCAUUGGUGCAGAACAAGUGGUGGCGGCUGAAGCUCCUGAUACAGUUCUGCCUGUGCAGUAAGGGAUGUGAUCACAAGCCCCGCCCCUAAGAUCCUAGCCAAUCAGUCACACUGGUGAUGUUAAGAUCACACCUUUGUGGUCACGUUAUAGAACAGGGACUGGGUUAGAUCGAGCCUGCUGGAACAAAAUACGGCACAUUCCCAU